UCACUGCCAGUGAUGCCAUAUACUGUGGUCGUUUUAUACAAGUUCUUCAUAAUUUAAAAACACCCAAUUUUUCCACUCUUAUUACUUAUGAUAGGGUCUUCAAUGACAUUACUUACACAGUGACUAGCUGUACUGAGAAUGAGGCUUGACGUUAUGGCAGAUUUCUGUGCAGUGCUUUAGAGACUGUCAUGAGGUGGCACAGCAGUCCAGCUAUCUAUGAAAAGGAGUGCUUCAACUUUCCAGGUUUUCUAACAGUCUUCCGUAAAGGAACUGAUAUGAAUAACAAAAUGAACAGACUUGAUUAUGAGAAUUACAGACAUGUUUGUCAUAAAUGGCAUUUUAGGCUAACUAAGAUUUUGCCUCACUUUCCAAGAAUGACUCAGAUUGGAAUGGCCAUAGAAAGACAAGUGGAUAAACUUAGUAAAGAGGAGAAGGAUAAAAGACCAGAUAUUUAUGCAUUAGUUAUAGGGUAUGCUGGACAGUCAAAGAGCAAGAAACCAACUUGGGUACAAGAAACGGAAUUCCAUAUAAAAGAAGUGAGUCUGUUGUCAAACUGUAUGCACAUUUACAACAUUAAUUUUAUUUAAAAAAAUAUAACAAUGCUUUCUACAGUUUUACUAUAUACAUAGACCAAUGAAUGGACUAUUUAAAAUACAUUUUUUAUCUACCCGGUGUGAAAGUAAUGAAACAUAGGCAGGCUUAAACUUGUAUAAAACUUGUC